AUGGAGCCCCUGGCCCUGCCCCUCCCCCACCCCGGGCGGAUCCUGGGGGGCUCCGAAUGUCCCCGGGGGGGGCACGCGGGGCUCGUGCGGCUUUUCCAGUUCGACCAGUUCGUCUGCGGGGGGGCACUGGUGAGCGAGCGGUGGGUGCUCAGCGCCGCCCACUGCUGGGCCAGCCACCUGCAGGUGCGCGCAGGUGAGCACGACCUGGCCCAGGCGAGCGGCCACGAACAAUUCGCCGCCGCCGUGGAGCUCGUGGUGCACCCGGACUUCGGCAAGGAUUCGGAAAAUUCCCGCCAAAAUCCGGGCAAUUCUGGCGGGAAUUUUUCCCGGGAAAAUGUUCUGGGCGAUUCCGGCCGUUCCCACGACCUGAUGUUGAUCAGGGUGGAGCCGCCCUUUACCUGCGGGCCGCAGGUGAGGCCCCUCCCCCUGCCCCAGGCCCCGCCCAGCGCCGGCUCCACCUGCACCGUGAUGGGCUGGGGCAGCACCAGCAGCCCCGAGGAGUCGUACCCGGAUGUCCCCCAGUGCCUCAAUGUCACCGUGCUGGAGGACAGCGCGUGCCGUGACGCCUACGGGGCGCAGGUGACAUCGGACAUGCUCUGCGCCGGCCUGGGCGAGAGCGGCAAGGACUCCUGCCAGGGUGACUCCGGGGGUCCCCUGCUGUGCUCGGGCCAGCUCCAGGCCGUGGUGUCCUGGGGGGAGUUCCCCUGCGGUCAGCCCGACCGGCCGGGGGUGUACGCCAGGGUGCAGCCGGAGCUGGCCUGGAUCCGAGCGGUCAUCGGGGACGAUGGAGUGACCUCUGACCCUGUAUGCAACACCGAGUGA